AUGUCAUCAUUAAUUCUCUUAGAUUUGACUUUAGAGGGUGAUCCGGAAGAAUUUCCGGAAGGAAAGUUACUUAAACAAAUUCCGCAUUUCAUGUUUUUAAUUGGGGAAGUGUGCGACCUUGCCUACAAAUCAGAAAAUCUGGACUCAAUCCUGCGUAACAAAGACAAAUACAAAUUCGACCUCAUCGUUACCGACAUCACAAUUUUACCAUGUGGGGUAGCCCCACUUCAUGCCUUCCCAGACAUCCCCAUUGUGGGUGUGACUACGUUUUUGUUACCGCCGGAUUAUUCGCAUAUUUUCGGCAACAAUUUACAACCUGCUUACAUUCCUCAAUACUUCACCGAUUUGACUGACGACAUGAGUUUUAUGGAGAGGGUGUAUAAUUUUUUGGCGACCUACGGGACUGAAUUUGGAUAUUAUUACUAUUGGGACGAGUUUGAAGAGGCAGCCAAGAAAAAAUACGGAUCACAUCUCGCACCAUAUAUGAAAAAUAUUGACAGAAUUUCUUUAUUGUUGAGCAACACGAAUCCGUUGUUGGAUUAUCCUCAGCCCUUGCCUCCGAAUAUUAUUCCAGUAGGAGGACUUCAUGUUAAACCAGCUAAAAAACUUCCACAGGUAAAACUACUCGGUAUACAUAAUGAUGAUUUGGACAAAAGUCUUUAUUUUAUUAGGAUUUGCAAAGGAUUCUGGAUGAAUCAAAAAAUGGUGUAA